CCCCCAGAAAACACCUUUCCUCGCCAUUCCUGCGACCUGCAACUGGUGAAGCCCGUUCCUGCAUUGGCAGAAUAUGAAUCGUCCAGGUCCUGGCCCUCAGUCUCUACGAACAAUUCCGUCCGGCAUGUUCCAAAACCAGCAAGCACCCGCAGCGCGCGGAACACCACUGGCGACGGGAAGACUGCAGAAUGGGAAGAUCGGCAGUGGAACUCAAUGGGGGUUUGGAGGACCGAUGGGAGGUGCACCGGGCCUUGCGACAGCGCAAGCAAGAACAAACGGCGGUGGCCUGUCCAGCUUCGCGCAGACAAUAGGAAGCUCACAACCACACACUCCGUUGGAUCCAUCGGAAUUCCCAUCGCUCUCCGGUGCCCCACAAGCACAGCAGAACACCUCCGCCCAACAGAUCUGGGCUCGCCAGAACAUACAAGCGCAGCACUCCACCAUCCAACGACCGCAAGGUCAGAACCCACCGCAAGGCCAAGCCGCUCAACCUUCGAAUCAGCAGCACCAACAGCUUCAGACCCCGAUACACGAAGAUGGAGCGGUCUCUGCCCAAGGACAAUAUCCGAGCGGGGGAGAUGAUUACCGAUUUGGCGGGCAAGCAGGCGUGGGACAACUCUCCGGUACGACGCAGCCCCAGACCGGAAACAUUGAGGAGUUCCCUCCACUAGGCGGUGCCGGGGGAGAAGCGGGACCAGACAGACGGACAGGGAUGAUACAGAAUGCGGCGUACGGCAACACAAACACUGGUGCCUUCCCCGGCUUAGGCCAGACUAGGAACGGUCUAUCGAGUCCAACAGACGGCCAACAAGACCGGUCAAUAGGAACAGCAGUUGGCGAUAGAAGCAUGCAUGCUGGUGGAGCAGGCGGGGGAGUCGCGCGCACUCAGUACAAUAGUCUGCAAGGGGCUUUCCAAGAUACAGACAGAAACGGACUCGCUAGGGGCGCGCAAGGACUAGGCAACAACAUGUCCUUGAUCGGCUCACAGUUACCCAUGAGAUCAGGAAGCAUUGCAGGACAGGCCCAGCGGACACAGCAGACCCAGUGGGAUCAGAGCUUCGGCUCAGACGCCGUUCAGUCUCCGAGCCAGCAGGUACCGCAGCACAAGCGUUUGUCCGAGAUGAACGAGAAGGAACGCUUCGGUCUUCCGGGGCUAUUAGCCAUGAUUCCACUCGAAAGCCCCGAUCAUUCUACCCUUGCCGUUGGACAGGACCUCACAGUCUUGGGCCUCGACCUAAGCCGGCCUGACGGCUCUCCUCUACAUCCCACAUUCGGCUCCCCCUUCGUCGAAUCGAUGUCCAAGCCGGUCAUUCCACCAGACUUCACUCUACCUGCUGCAUAUACGGUCACGAAUGUGCCGGAAUUGCACACCAAGAUGAGCAGCUUCUCCACGGAGACUCUGCUUGCAAUCUUCUACCAGUAUCCGAGAGACAUCAUGCAGGAGAUUGCUGCGGGCGAGUUAUACCAACGCGACUGGCGGUGGCACAAGGUCCUGCAGCAGUGGAUGAUGAAGGACCCUGAGCUGCCGCAGCCAAUCCGCAUCUCGCAGCGAGAGGAGCGUGGUUGGUACCUCUUCUUCGACGUGAUGAACUGGCGACGGGAGCGGAAGGAAUACGACCUCAACUACGACGACCUGGACCAGCGCCACGGCCCGGCGCUGGCUGCCAAUCCUCUGUAGACAUCUGUCGACGGAAGCUGGAUGGGGUGUUAUGGGGUGCCUGUUGCUAUUACUGCGAUGGGAGUAAAAGGUGCGGGUUCUCUCAAAUGGGAUGUGGCCCCGGGACUUGGCUCGGGACUAUCUAUGUACACUCUGGGCUGGGCUACUACUUCUGCCGGGCCCUUGAUGGCAAUGGAAAACGGG